UGUAACUAGUCUUCAUUUGCAAGUGGCUGGUUUCAAGCUGGACUCGAUUUGAAAGCUCUUCCAGGGAUAACAAAUUCGAGAAAGGAUACUUCCAUUCUGACACAGUCGAUCGUCGUGGGCAGUAGCAGAUCCAGACUUAGAGAGCCUCGGCAUCAUCGAGUCCACAGCCCAAACAUGGAGCUAGCGCUAGAGGAGCCAGUAUCGAGAACAAGUAGAAGUUUUCGAGAGGAGCAAGUAUCGAGAACAAGUAGAAGUUUUCGUCGAGAUCAACCCGUGGCCCCGAGCGAUUUCAUCGAUGAGGGAUGGGAUGUGUCCGAAAGUCCUACCUACAGUUUGCAAGUAAAAAAUCUGUCGUACAAGGUGGCGGUGAAGAACAACGGCGAAGGGCCGGGCCAGAAAAUUCUCUUGAACGACAUUUGUGUCGAAGCGUUCGCUGGAGAGCUCCUUGCGAUAGUGGGGCCGUCGGGAUCCGGCAAGACCACCUUUCUCGAUGCCCUGGCUGGACGCAUUGUUCGCGAGAGCUUGGAGGGUGAAAUUCUCGUCAAUGGACAUCCGAUCAAUAAUUCUUUCAGACGUAUUUCCGGAUAUGUCAUGCAGGAUGAUGCCCUCUUCCCCAUGCUCACCGUCCGGGAAACUCUCCUCAUCAGUGCACGCCUUCGGCUCCCCGCCUCCAUGCCUCUCAAGGAGAAGAAACUACGCGUGGACAACAUGAUCGCCCAGCUUGGACUCGAAAACUGCGCCAACACUCGCGUGGGCAAUGAGAAGGUCCGAGGAGUAUCCGGUGGCGAGAGGCGUCGAGUGUCGAUCGGAUCCGAUCUCAUUCACGAUCCUGCUGUCAUAUUUCUGGACGAGCCAACUUCAGGACUGGACAGCACGUCUGCUCUGAACGUGAUGCAAGUGCUUUCGAGAAUGGCGAAGACCGGCAAACGAACCGUGAUUCUGACCAUUCAUCAACCGAGUUUCAGAAUUUUAGAGACGAUCGAUCGAGUUGUUGUCCUCGGGCGGGGAAGUGUGCUCUACGAAGGCGCACUGCAGCAACUGAAACGCUACUUCGGCCCUUUGGGAAGAACCAUGCCAGAAGAUGUGAAUGUGUUGGAGUUCGCCCUCGACACCAUAGAAGAUUUCCAGAAGUCCCCGGCUGGCUUAGAACCGCUCAUCAAACUUCAGUUGGAGAGUCGCAAACUGGAAGUCGAGAAGGGAGAGAAACGCGAGGAGCGAAAGGUUCAAGUGGGACCUGGAGGGGCCUCGAGCUCGUAUCCAGAGUACGCGACGUCGUUCCUCGCCCAGUGCUACAUCCUCACCGGACGCAAUUUGAAGAACGUGCUCCGCACACCCGAGCUUUUCGUCUCGCGCGUCAUGGCCAUGUUGCUGGUGGCCAUCACAUUGGGGACUUUAUUUCUGAACAGCAAGGUGAGUGAGAGGGGAAUUCGGCAGAGAACGGGGUUCAUCUCGUUCACGCUGGCCCUUCUGAUUUUCUGGUCCAUGGAGGCGAUGGCGGCGUUCAUCGAAGAGCGUCAGAUUUUCAUACGAGAAACUUCUCGAGGCGCCUAUCGAGUCGGAGCGUUCGUCGUGGCCAAGGACGUGACCAUGAUCCCGCUGCUGCUGCUGCUGGGCACGAUCUUUUCCGUCAUCUCCUAUUUCUUGGUCGAUCUCGUCCGCGAAGCCCCUGAAUUCUUCUUGUUCACCUUCACUUGCUUCUUGGUCCUCUGCACGGCCUACUCUUACGUCUCCUUCGUCAGCACUUUGGUGCCAAACUUCGCGAUCGGCACUUCUAUCUGCAGCACGACCAUCUCGUACAUGUUUCUGUUCUCGGGAUUCUUCAUUGAAAGGACUGCGAUUCCCAAGUACUGGAUAUGGUUGCACUAUAUUUCAUUGUUCAAGUACCCUUACGAGGUAAUGCUGCAAAACGAAUUCGGAUCGAAGCACUUCGAGAAUACAAUCUGGUACGGGGAUGUCGACUCAAACACGGUGUUGUCAAAUCUCGGCGCGGGUAAAGUGCACAUUUGGGUCAACCUCGUCGCAAUGCUGGGCAUCUUCGUCGGCUACCGACUCUUCUUCUGGUUCUCCUUGUCCUUCUUCAACAGGAGCGUACGCAAGUAACUCUGGCCAAUACGGAACCCCAAAAAAUAAUUCGCUGUGCGCGAACAGUAGCUUGACAAUUCCAGACCACGACAUCACCGACAUCAUUCGUUCGUUCAGCUGGUCCCAUCCAUCACCAUGUUCACUCACGCUCUUCACUCGCCGGUCGAAAUUCAGAGGCCACUUGCGCAUGAUCUGCUCCACCGACGCCGUCAUGAGCAGUGAGGUCGAAAACUCCGGGGCUGCCCGGGCUGCGAGGGUCAAAUCUCCGGAUCUGUCUCGUGUGUCGCUCGGAGUGCAUUAGCGUGCACUCCGAGCAUUGUGGAACCAACACGAGGCCUCGAUCGAGGACGACAUGGGCGACAGCAGAUCAGAUCGGCGGACGAAGGAUAAGAAGUCAGAGGAUGGAGCCCCGCAGCCGAACUCUCGAGAACGCGGGGUCGACCGGAAUUGCCACAAAACGGGCUUAGACUUCCCCCCUAUAGAAGCGGUCAGGUGCCGCCGUCACACGAAGAGCGUACCACGUAACAUGGCCCCAGAAACGUAGUUCCUUAUUAUGUAUGACACGUGCUUCGAUCUUUUACUAGGUAGCACUCGACCACCACGUAGUUUCAUAGCUCGACCGCUGGCCACAGUUACUUGAUUUAUAUUGUGCAGCAGGUAUUCCUGAAAUGGUCUGAAAGUGCUCGAGCAGAACCUUUAGGCUAUUUCAGGUAUACCUGCUGCACCAAUCAGACCCAUGUCUGGUCUUGUCCCCAUGCUGUCUUAUGUGACUCGAAUUGUUUUCAGUUGAAUUUUGGAUACUAUAUAGAAAUGCUGAUUCGUCUUACGUCGUGAAACCUAAGAGUAAUGAGGAAAUCAUCGGGA